CAUCAAACUCGGCGCUGAAGUCCAAAUACCAGCAAGCAAACGUGGAUCCAAUUCCAAGGAAUUGAAUACUUCUUCAUCGACUGGUAUUCAUCUCUUCGACACAAUCAUCAAUCAAACAAAGGUCAGCCAUGGCAUUGGGCAUGGCAGUGGUGGCCAUGGCCAAACCCUCAUCCUUCUCCAUCAGCGCUGACCGCUCAAGCUCUCUCGAUUUCUCCUCUGAUUGCGCUACCAGUAACGCUCGCUCCAUGAGGAAUCUCGUCUUCGUCGUCAACCCCCGAGGUGCUAAUGGACGGACUGGAAAGGAGUGGAAGAAGCUGCUUCCGUAUCUCACCACUCGGCUUGGCAAUCGCUGCAAUAUAUGCGAGUCCAUCACGUCUGGUCCUUCUCAUGCUGAAGACUUAACAAGGGAGGCAAUAAGAGAUGGUGCUGAUGCUGUUAUAGCUGUUGGUGGCGAUGGUACUCUUCAUGAGGUUGUGAAUGGGUUCUUUUCGGAAAGACACCCAGUUGAACUUGAACAUCAAAGCAGACAUUCUACUGCCCUUGGACUCAUUCCACUGGGGACUGGAUCAGAUUUUGCUAGGACAUUUGGCUGGAAAAAUGAUCCAUAUGAGGCAAUUGAGCGGAUUGUGAGAGGAUUCAGAUCUAGAAUAGAUGUUGGUGUUAUUACUGGGACAAAUGGAAAUCAACAUUUCUUCAUUAAUGUUGCUGAUAUUCAUUUAAGUGCAAAAGCGGGUUAUUUUGCUUCCAAAUAUAAAAGAUUUGGAAAUCUAUGCUAUGUUAUUGGGGCUUUAAGAGCCUUUAUUGGACAUAACAAUCAGGACCUCAAAAUCAAGUUCAAUGGAGGGGAGUGGGAGGUUUUCCAGAAAGUCACCGCCAUUUGCAUUGGAAAUGCAAAAUUCUUUGGUGGUGGCAUGAAGAUCACUCCAACAGCUGAUCCAUCAAGUGGAGAACUUGAGGUGGUUAUUCUUCAGGACUUCAAAUGGUAUGAUUUUGUGUUUAAGCUGCACAAUCUGUACAGAGGAUCACAUUUAUCUGAGAAAACUGUGCAUUCGAAAAGUGUGAAGUCUAUUGAAGUCAUGGAGGUGACUCCCACUGGUUUGACCUACGUACAGUCAGAUGGUGAACACUUUGGAUUCCUACCAGCAAAGUUCUUUGUUUUGCCUGCAGCUAUCGAAUUCUUCAGCUAAUGUAUCAAUUCUUCACUCCAUCUACAAAAUUUCAUUGUAUGAAUUUCAUAAGGAUUCUGUUAACGAAAUCUGUCGAUCAUCCAAUUACAGAAUUCACACUUGCUUGUUCUAUGUAAUUGUUGGUGGGGUUAUUCCAGUGAUUUGAGCAGUCAAUGCAGAAAGGAACUAUUGUCAUAUAGAGGGACAUUGCAAGGAUCAAAAUGGUUGCCCUGCAAACAAUGGAAAUUGCAUGUGUGUUUGGUUAUUAUUUGGUAUUAUUUGUCAUGUUACCAGAUUUCCUUUUCUGUUUCUUAUGCAGUACUAACAUGCAUGGUCUGUUAUUGGAGGGGGCAAAGAAGCUUUUGCCUGUCCUUUUGAACAUGCUUCACUCACACACAAGAUGUAAAUCAUGAUGCAUCACUGAAAGGAUCCAAGAUGAGGCAGAAAAGGGCAUUUAACAACAUUUUCUUUCUUUUGCUUAUCCAUUUAUCCUUCUCCAUUCAAUCAAACUUUGUUUAAAAGAGAUUAGAAAAAUCUCUCUUUCAAAAAUAUUUAGUAACCUGCUGUUAUUUCCUAUGGUGAUGGUGGGGCUGUGUUAUUUAUUAUUAUUAUUAUUAUUAUUUGUUA